CGUAGCGAUCGGUCGGCUUAGGUCGGCUGCAAAAUGAUGGCGGAUGAAAAAUUGUUUUUCUCUAAUGCCGUCCAACAAUUGGCGAGAUGUUUAGCCGCUAUCAAGCCUACAUCAUGGGAGAAAGUAGCCAAAUUAUACAAGUUAUGUCCACAAGAAUCCGGUCAGGGUGUAUUUCGCUUGGAUCAGAGGGGUCAGGAUGCAACGAUUGCACUGGGGAUUUAUUUUCUGGAGUCCGGUCUGCAGCACCGAGACCGAAUUUUGCCGUAUUUACUUAGAUUGUUACGCGGUCUUCCAAAAGCGGUGUGGCGGGAUGAAAUAAGAUGUUCGCUCACCGAGAGGGUUCCAAUAGCAGAGCGCUUCAGCUUCUGCUUGAACACAUUGCUGAGCGAUGUGGCAGCCAGGUGCGAACCGGCACGGGAAGAGAUCAUCUCGACUCAGGUUGAAAUACUCGCAGUAUUGACGAAUCUUAUACGAGGAUACAAGGAUCAAAAUAGUAAUAGGGGCUUGCAAGCAAAGAUAUCAUUAUGCAAAUGUCUGGUCCCGGUGCUGAUUGGUCUUGCACGGUCAAUGGGCCGCUUUGCGUGCACGGAUCCGCCGUUGCUCUGCCGCAUCUUUCCGCGGCGGGAGACACCCUCGCCGGCGGGCAGCGCGGAGAAUCGCUCGAUGCCCGACAGGAAACAGCACAGCUUCUCGAACUUUAGACCGAUCAUCCCGCGAUCUCUGAGCGGUAACUUCAAUACGAUCGACAGUGCGUUGUUCGGCUACGACAGUCACGAUUAUCAUUGCGGCAAAAGACCGUCGCUACAGUCCUUCCUGUCGGUGCCGUACGAUCCGACGACCUAUUUUUUCAGUCGUUACGGAUCGAGUUUCAAUCAGUUCCCGCAGAUGCGCUGCAACGAGAGCCCCGAGAGACGGGCCGGGAUGCAAUUUACCGUGGUGCACCUGCAGAGCGUAUUGGCUUUGGCGAAAAAGUUACUCACCAAGGAGAUUCUCACGUUUCUAGACGAGGAGGCGCAACAAGUCUACAGUUCCGGCCAAGUGCAUAUCUUUCCAUAUCGUACAUUUAGCGAGACGAUGAAUCUAGUGAUGGUGGCACUGUUGCGCGAGCUGCUGCAGAAUCAGCGCGAUUUACCAGCCCCGUUCACGAGGGACGUACAGGAAUUCGUGAAGGGUCUGUUUCUCUCGGGCCAAACGGAACUGCAGUCGCGACAGCACGACGCGAGCGAGCGCGAGGAUAUCGACACGAAUUUCCGCACCGUGAAUCGCUUUAAGGUGAACGUGAUGGCCAACUCCGCCUGCGUGGAUCUGCUAGUCUGGGCGAUCGGUGACGAAACAGUAUCCGGCGAAUAUGAUUUGUCCGCGCUGUAUGCAGAUAUCAGUUCAAUGCUGAUCGGCAAGGGUGCGGAUAGUUUGUGUGGACGACUCGUGGAGAAGAUUAAUUCUAAUCACGGACCCAAGCUCGUGUUGGCGCACAUGCCGUUAUUGAUGGUUUGUCUAGAAGGAUUGGGAAAAUUGGCGCAGAAAUUUCCCAACAUAGCCAGCACGUCUAUAUAUUAUUUACGGGAUUUUCUUAUCGCACCGUCGCCGAUUCUUCUGAAACUGCAUCGACAGCACAGUGAAUUUUCCACGAAAGAACAUCAGUUUAAAGUGCUCGUUCAAGGGAAGGAAAUAAACGACACGAAGCAGACGACGUCAUCGGUGCAAACGGCGUUCGAGAAACUCCGCGACGCAGCAAUCGGCAAUCUCUGCAUCGCUUUGGAAGCUGCACAUUCUGUGAAUCCAGAUUGCGUGCCAGCGCUCGUGGCCAGCGUAUCGAACAGAUUGUACACUGCGGCGGACAUAAGCGAUGGCGAGAAUGACGAGAAGUUGAAGAACGAGGUGGUGUCGAGAAACAUCGUGAUCAUGUUGGGUCACGUAGCCGUGGCACUGAAGGACACCCCGAAGACGAUGCGCACAAUCUUCCCGUUUUUCCAGCAGCUCUUCUGUCGCACUCCCAGCGACCUCGACUUCCUCAUAGUGGAUCAGUUGGGCUGCAUGAUCAUCGCUAAGUGCGAGCCAAAGAUUUACGAGGGGAUAAUGCAAAUGUUCUCCAUGUCGUUGGGCUCGAGCACGGCAACGUACGCCGCGAACGACGACCGCAAGCAGUUUUGUCACGUUUCCAAAGCGGUCACGAACGCGCUGGCGAACAUAGCGGCGAAUCUGCACGGCGAGUCGGAGCUGGACGACUUGUUGCUGCACCUGCUGGAGCUUUUCGUGCAAUUGGGGCUCGAGGGCAAACGCGCCAGCGACAAGAUGCCGAAUAGUAUCGCUGCAACGAAAGCGGCUACCAGUGCCGGAAAUCUAGGAGUGCUCAUCCCCGUGAUUGCGAUACUGGUGCGACGGCUGCCGCCGAUCAGACACCCGCAGAAGCGACUUCUGAAAUUGUUCAAGGACUUUUGGCUAUACUGCGUUAUAAUGGGCUUCGCCGCUGAUCAUCCUUCGCGAUUGUGGCCGCCCGACUGGUACGAAGGCGUCAAGGAGAUCGCCGUCAAGUCGCCCUAUCUUAUCUCCCAGACCAGUGCUCGUCUGGAAAUGCGGGAACUGCAGUACACGUCCGCGGUGCGCAACGACAGCGUCUCGUUGAAUGAAUUGCAGGAGCUGCGGAGUCAAGUGUUGAAAAUAAGCACGCGCACGAAUGACAUAUCAGCAUACGUGACCAAGCUGCAGUUCGCACAAUGCACGUACUUAUUGUCCGUUUACUGGUCGGAAACCCUGCGAGUGGCGAACAGCCCUGAGCCCAGUCUGCAACCGAUAAUGGAGUACCUGUGCGACACCGAUUUGCAGAAGGACAAGAGCGGCAUGUGGCAGUGCAUAUGCUGCGUGGCCGACUCCGUCUUCGCGAAAUUCAAGGAUGUGAUGCAGCGCAAGCCGAAGGACGAGCAGCGCGAGAGGGAGCUCGAGAAUCACGCGCAGUUCUUGUUAGUGCGCUUCAAUCACGUGCACAAGCUGAUCAGGCGAGUGGCGGACAAAUAUCUCAGCGCGUUAGUCGACGCUUUUCCGCAUCUGUUGUGGAACUGCAAGGUUCUUUGGAGUAUGCUGGAUAUAUUGCAGAUUUUAUCAUAUUCCUUGCAACUUGAUCCAAACGAAGAAACUCCCAGCUUGAGAAUACCCGGUACACCGUACAGCAUCGAACUGAUGAAUACUAUCGAAGCGCGAGAAAUUAUCGUGAAAGAUUUUACCGCGAGAUGUAAAGGCAUAGUGCAGGAGGCUAUGAAAUGGGCGCCACAGGCUACCAAAUCCCACCUGCAAGAAUACAUCAAUCAGAUACCGUCUUCUGGCAUGCGGCAUCAUUCCGGUCUGUCGCUGGCCAUCGACUCGGUCCUCGAAUUCGUGGACACUGCAAUUCCCAUUGCAGUGCCGGCAAAUACGAAUUCGUUGGAUAAGAGGCCACGCGGUCCGAAAGGUGCGAGCUCCUGGCUGCUGUCGAUGAUGUCGACGAGAUCGUGGCACGCCGGCGAGGUGGCGGGCAUGCUCGCUCUCGCGCGCACCGAAUCGCCGACGACGGAAGUGACUCUGGAAGAGUGCAGGGAUAAAGUCGUCGAAAGAUUGAUCGAAGCUGUGCGCCGCGCUUGUCAGGAUUGCGACGACACCGUUCAUCGCGGAGCUCUUUGGCGUGCCACCGCUCUCUUAAUCUCUAUGCCUGGAAUACAUAGACGACUGUUGCACAUCGUCGCGUGCUCGCAGAUAGAAUUGUUCACGUCUGUGGCGAUGACUACUGCGGUCGAGUGCUGGCAGUGGAUCCUAACUGUGCGACCGGACCUGAAGCUGCGAUUCUUGCAGGAGAUGCUGCUCGCGUGGCAAUACACUGUCGAUAAGAGAAUGGGUCUGUUCGCGCCGAAUGAGGAGGAAGUGAGUCCGCUCGCGGUCUACGAGGGCUGUAAGCUCGGACCCAAUCCGCCGCACGUGAAGCCGCACGACAUCUGGGUGACAUUCAUAGUGGAGCUCGUCGAGACAGCCAAGUAUUGCUGCCAGGAGACGGUCGAUAUGAUCGCCCUGCUGCUGCAUCGCUCGCUACUCAUGACUGUCGGUGCGUCUGGCGAGGAGCCCGGCAUCAAUCGACACGUCGCCGCGGUCGGCGUGCGCUUUAAGCUCCUCUCGUGCGGAUUGGUGCUGUUGCAAGGUGACGUUCUACCGAGAACUUUGAGCAAGAACGUUCUGCGAGAACGCGUGUACUCCAAUUGCCUGGAUUACUUCUGCCGAGAACGCCAGUUGCCGACACAAGAGAUCGACCAGCUUAGUGAAGAUAUCGUUACUCUGAUACGCUUCUGGCAGGUGAUGCACAGCGACAAGAAGUACUUAAUGAUGACGGGAGCCGAUAACGAGUUUGAGAUAGUGACAUCUCAAACCUAUACAACUACGAUGAUGGUUCCAAGCGAAACGAUCGGCUCGCUAGCCGCCACGCUAGCUCCCACGCCGAACGACUACUCGAAGUCUGGCAACGUGUGGAUGAACACCAUGCCGAUGUCAACCAGCAGCAACACAUUGGGCAAACGCAGCAAUCGCAGCAAGCGAGUUGUAAAUGCAAACAUCCUCGUGAAGGAUUACAUCAAGAAGAGAAACUUGAUCCUUGAGUUGUUAGCGGUUGAAAUCGAAAUGUUAUUGGUCUGGCGUAAUCCUGGCGGCCGACCGGAACUUGCGCUGCAAGGAGAAGGAAGUAUCGCGGACUGGCGUGCCAAAGGAAUGAACGAUCGUUGGCGCGAAUACACGCGGCUCGCGUGGGAGAUCAGUCCUGUCUUGGCAAUAUUCUUGCCAGUGCGAUUGAAGAAUCAUGAAGUCAUUAUCAAAGAGAUCUGCGGCUUGGUGCGCCUUAAACCCGUACCGGUCAUGCAUGUGUCGGAAGCAUUGCAGUAUCUCGUCACGACGGACACGCUACUCAAUGACGUACCUGAAUUAGUUUAUAUGUUAACCUGGGCAAGAGUGUCUCCGAUUCAAGCACUGGCGUUCUUCUCGCGACAAUUUCCGCAUCAUCCUAUCUCGGCGCAGUACGCGGUACAGGUGUUGGACAGUUAUCCAGCCGACGCUGUGCUUUUCUACAUACCUCAGCUAGUGCAAGCCGUCCGUCACGACACAAUGGGCUACGUAAUUGAAUUUAUUAAGAAGAUCGCUAAACGAUCGCAGGUAGUGGCGCAUCAGCUGAUAUGGAAUAUGCACACAAACGUAUACAUGGACGAAGAUAAGCAAAUGAGGGAUCCUGUGCUGUACGACAUUCUAGAUUUACUGACGAAGAAUAUUCUGAACGCACUGUCCGGCCCGGCGAAACAAUUCUAUGAAAGAGAGUUUGACUUCUUCGAGAAAAUUACCAAUAUUUCAGGCGAAAUUCGACCAUAUCCUAAAGGACCGGAACGGAAGGCUGCGUGUCUGGAAGCCUUGGGAAGAGUCAAAGUACAGCCCGGUUGCUAUCUACCGUCAAAUCCUGAGGCGAUGGUCAUCGAUAUAGAUUAUCAGAGCGGUACUCCCAUGCAGAGUGCCGCUAAGGCGCCGUUCUUAGCGCGCUUCAAAGUGCAGAGAUACGGCAUCAAUGAGCUCGAGAACAUCGCGCUCGCGGUGUCGACUAACGGGAAAGUCGAGAACAAAAAGGAAGCGGAGGAGCAAACGUGGCAGGCUGCUAUUUUCAAGGUCGGCGACGACGUUCGGCAGGAUAUGCUGGCUCUGCAAGUGAUCAGCAUCUUUAAGAACGUGUUCCAGAAGGUCGGAUUGAAUCUCUUCCUGUUUCCGUACAGAGUGGUGGCCACAGCUCCCGGGUGCGGCGUGAUAGAAUGUGUGCCGCACGCUACGUCGAGAGACCAGCUCGGCCGUACAACAGACAGCGACAUGUAUCAAUACUUCAUUACGCAACACGGCGACGAGACGACCAAGGAGUUCCAAAACGUUCGUCGCAACUUCGUCAAGUCGAUGGCUGCCUACAGCGUGAUCACCUACCUCCUGCAGAUAAAGGACCGUCACAAUGGCAAUAUUAUGAUAGAUACUCAAGGCCACAUCAUACACAUUGACUUUGGCUUUAUGUUUGAGAGCUCGCCCGGCGGUAAUUUGGGCUUUGAGCCCGACAUCAAGCUCACCGACGAGAUGGUGCUUGUGAUGGGCGGCAAAAUGGAGGCCGCACCGUUCCGUUGGUUCAUGGAACUGUGCGUGCAAGCUUUCCUCGCAGUCAGGCCAUAUCAGGAGGCCAUCAUCUCCCUCGUUUCCCUCAUGCUCGACACGGGAUUGCCGUGCUUCCGUGGGCAAACCAUUAAACUUCUACGCAGUCGAUUUGUGCCGACCGCCACCGAUCGUGACGCGGCGAUCUUCAUGAUCAAUGUUAUACGCAACAGCUACCUCAACUUCCGCACGAAAACUUAUGACAUGAUACAGUAUUAUCAGAAUCAGAUCCCCUAUUAAACUGUUGCCGGAGAAUUUACUUCCCCUUUCACUCCAUCCUCGUAAUUGUUAGUUGGCGGCGUUUUGCGUUCGCUACGACUGUUGUUAUAUCGGGUUAGAAACGGGCAUCGUGAUGCACCGAGUUGUUAGAUAUCGCAGUAUAACCGCUGAUUCUGCGAAACUGUACAAAUGCAUUGGUGUCAAUAUUUUUUUUAACCCUACAUGUAUUUUAUGAAGACAUUUCGCUCUGUAUAUGUAUGUAAUAAUGUAUUAUAUUUAUCUACAAGAUUGUCUAUAUACACAUAUAUGUAUACGUGUACAUCUGCCUUACGCAGCAUAUCUGUAUAUGAGUACAUUCCUGUUUAUUAUUAGUUUAUGCGCUGUUAAUGGUUAAAGAUUAAAUUAAAUUAAUUUAA